AUGGGCAGCGAGAUCGGGCGCGGUCAGUACGGCGUGGUGUUUGCGUGCAGCAACUGGGGAAAUCACGGCUCUUGCGUAGCCAAGUCGGUUGUCCCCCCGGACAAGCGUCAUUGGAACGACCUCGCCCUCGAACUCUUCUACACGCUAAAUCUGCCCAGCUUUGACCACGUUGUGAGGAUUCACGGUGUUGUCAUCGAUCACAAAUACGGCGACGGCCUCAGCGAGUUCCCCUCGGUGCUGAUCGUCAUGGAGCGAAUGAAUCGCGAUUUGUACGCUGCUCUGAAAAAGGGCUUAAAGUUUCACGUUCGAAUCAGGAUCGCCAUCGAUGUCAUUCAGGGUUUGCGGUUCCUGCAUUCUCAAGGACUCAUACACCGGGAUGUGAAACUCAAAAAUGUGUUGGUAAGUUGGUACUCGUUUUGCAGAUCUAAACUUUGCGUUUGCGUUGCGGCAAGCAGGCAUAUGCCAAAGUAAUG